UAAAUCGAUUUCAAUCAAUUUUUUAUAACUCUCGGCGGAAUUUGCUUAUCAAUCAACGGAGACUAACGAGAAAACUAUUUUUCGAAAAUGAAUUGAUUUUGAUUUGACUCAUUAUUGAUACGUUCAAAGUAGCAAAGUAGCGACGCAACAUGUAAUCCUCCGUAACUCUCAAUUUGGUAAAUAAGUGUUCUGAACUCCGAAAGCUUAGAGUUAUAAAUUCAUAACUUGAUUUCAUAAACGCAGGUCUUUAGGUGAACGCACUCCUGGCUACUUUGCUACAGCAAUUUUCAACGACGUUACGCAUUACGAAUGUAAUGCGUAAUUUAGCAAACUUUGUCCGUUACUUUUCCAUGUUCCAUGAUUAUUGCAACGAGCAAUCGUCCGAGGCAACGAUCGACAUGACAGUGCUUCGCUAUCGUGUAUAUACUCGUCGCGUGCGCAGGAUGCUUUAUCUUGGCGGUAUUUUGCAAGAUCGAAAACGUUCAGCAAUCUGUUCGUAUAUUACAGGUCUCUUGAUAAUCUUCACGUGCUUCGGUCAAUGUAUCUUCACAAUAAAUUUCUGUCGAGAUCACACCGAUAAUUUGGUGCUUCUUUCAAGAAGCUUCGGCUUAACAUGCAGUCUCAUCGCACCUGUUUUAAUGUCGAUCUGCUUUUUGGUAAAACGCGAGAAACUGAUGAAUCUUCAUGAAACGCUGAACGGUAUCUUCGAGCGGGAACUGACACGGAAUCGAGAAACCGAGGAAACUAUACUCGCCACUCUGCAUACGUUCGACAGACCGUCUUACAUACUCUGUUUCACCCUAGGGUCUACAGUACUGUUGAUCCUCUGUCCGCCGCUGGUUUCCACAGUCCGCCAGAUUAUUUAUCAUACCGAAUCCAAACGAUACAGACUACCGCUUCCGGCAAAAUUUCCAUGGUCUAUAUCGAUCGAUGGCAACUUUUCCUUUUAUUUAUCAUUCUUGUACCAGAUAUUCAUCUGCUGGUGGAUGGUCUUCACAGUCGGCAGCGUCGAUAGUCUUUUCGGAUACUAUGCAUUUCAAAUCUCCUCGAUACUACAGGCCAUGUCUUUUAGAUUGGCAAAUCCACGACCUCGGGAAGUAUUUGCAGAAGUUUUGAGAACAUGCGUGCAAACGCAUCACCGGUUACUGCGAUGCGGACACAUGCUGAACGAUAUCUGGGAUUUGAUAAUCAUACGAAUGAUUCUCACAAACGCGAUACUCAUGUGCGUUUUAAUCUUCGAAGCGAGUCCGUUCACCCACUUGACGAUUGGACAGAUCCUUUUGUUCGUUUCAUACAUGGCAUUAAAAUUAUUGCAAACAUUCAUCUACGCAUGGUACGGUAAUCUUGUUACAAAUGCGAGUGAACAUUUUCGUCAAGGAAUAUAUUUCAGUGAAUGGUCAAAUUCCAAUUUAAAUCAUCAUAUUAGGACUAGCAUUAUUAUCACGAUGAUGCAAAAGCCGAUGAUUAUAAAGGCAUUAAAAUUGUCUUCCGUAAACGUCAAUAUGUUUACUAACAUCGUGAAUACUGCUAUGUCCUAUUUCUUUCUCUUGCAAUCCUUGGAUCAGAAUAGAUAAAAGUUGAUGCCAUAUAUUACUGUUUCAUCAAUUUUAAGAAGUGAUAUAUAUCACUACAAUAUAGAAAAAAUAUAUAUUAAUUAAACG